GCCGGACGCGCACUAUCGAGCACCAUUUGUCCAAGGAUAAGUCCAACGUCACAAGCCGCCGGGUCACAGCCACUCCCACCCCCAACUCCAACCCCGAUGUCCCCAAUGUCACCACCCCCGGUGCUGAUAUUAACCCCACCACCAUCCCCAUUCCCAAUAUUGUUGCCCCCAUGGGAAACCUUAUCUCCACCUCUAGGCCCACCCCACUUUUCU